CUCCUAAAAUAGCUAUUCAUCAUUUUUCUCAAACUGCUUUCUCUCUUCUCCACUAACAAAUAUUCUUUCAAUCAAAUACUCACCAAUGUCCCAAAAUUUAUCAUUAACAUUCUAAUCACAUUCGAAUUUUUCAAAUCCUUGUUAUUAUUUUAAUUCAUGCUUUUUGAAUCCAUGUGUAAGAAAUUCAUCACUUGUAAAUUUUCCAAUUUUGAGCAAAUUAUUAUUUGUGAUCUUUUAUGUGAAAGAAGAAAGUGGUGAGGGAGGAAAUUAUCUAAUUUUGGUUUGAAGAGGAUGUCGAAUUUGUAUGGAGAUUAUAGUCAAAAGAUUGAUUAUGUAUUCAAAGUAGUGUUGAUUGGAGAUUCAGCUGUUGGGAAAACCCAACUCUUGGCUCGUUUUGCAAGGAACGAAUUUAGUAUUGAUUCUAAGGCCACAAUUGGGGUCGAAUUUCAGACCAAAACUCUAAUUAUUGAUCAAAAGACUGUUAAGGCACAAAUUUGGGAUACUGCUGGCCAAGAAAGGUACAGGGCAGUAACAAGUGCAUACUACAGAGGAGCAGUGGGGGCAAUGUUAGUAUACGACAUGACAAAACGACAGUCGUUUGAUCACAUGGCAAGGUGGUUAGAGGAAUUGAGGGGUCAUGCUGACAAGAACAUUGUGAUCAUGUUGAUUGGUAACAAAUGUGACUUAGGGAGUCUUAGAGCAGUGCCAACUGAGGAUGCUCAAGAGUUUGCUCAAAGAGAGAACCUAUUUUUUAUGGAGACAUCAGCACUUGAGUCCACUAAUGUUGAGACUGCAUUUUUGACUAUAUUAACAGAAAUAUAUAGGUUAAUAAGCAAGAAAACACUUACUGCUAGUGAUGAGGUUGAUUCAACUGGUACUUCAGGUCUUUUAAAGGGUACUAAAAUCAUUGUUCCUCUUCAAGAAGAGGGUCCAAGGAAAGGCUGCUGCUUUUCCUCAUCAUAAUUAUAACUUGUUUAAUUAAGUCAUUUUUUUUUUUUGUUUUCUCAUUUUUUGGAAAUUAAUAUGUUCCUUUUAGGUUGUUUUGUGUAAUUUUUUGUAGGAAAAUGAUUUAUAUAUAUAUGGUGUGAGCUUUCAUUUUGUGCUCACUUACUUGAAAUUAAUAACAAGGAGAGUAUUGUCUCAUGUUUUGAACUCACCAUCUACCUAAAAUCUUAUUUAUUGUUUUUUUUUCUUAACAAUGAAUAUUUCAUUGAAAAUGAAAAAUUAAUAGAGAAUUGAAUCAUAGGUAAUAAUAAGAACAUAAAAAUUCUAUGGUGGUCCGGCCCCAAAAUUAAAAAUGACACGUUCAAUUUAUAAGCUCACUGACCCCUGCAGGCGUUUUCGACUGGCUAUUUAACUCAUAAAUUACAUUUAAAUGUGUAAGCACUAAAACUCCAUAAUUAUAUCACUCUUCACCAGAUUAGAGAUCCAAAAAUCUUAAACCACAAGUAAUUAAUAUAUAGUUUACGUGUAUAC